UAAGGAUUACAAGAUUAUUGGAUUACAAAGUUCCGCACUUGAAGUAAGAUGACACAGAUGCUGUUGCUGUGAGAACCUGCUUGGACUGGCACCGCUAGCACGGCUAGCACGGCUAGCACCACUAGCACGGCUAGCACGGCUAGCACCACUGCAUCCCGACGCGAUUGUGGCGUCUGCGAAGUGACGGAGGCCUAUCAUCCCAUGCAGAGAUGGUGGACGUUUCCAGAGGUCUGAACCUGCUGGAGAUCCUCAAAGAGUCGGUGGAGAGUCAGAAGCUGUCAGAGGUCAAAGACGCCGUGGAAGACCUCCUGAUCAGUCGGAUCAACUUGGCCUUAGUGGGCCAGCGUGUGGAGGAGAAGACCUCCUUCGUCAACUCCCUCCACGGCCUGUGCCCCGGGGACCAAGGAGCCGCCAGCUCCUCACCCCCCCUCCACACGGGGGACGCGGUGUGCUACCCCAACCCCAAACACACCGACUUCCGGCUGUGGGACCUCCCUCCCGUCCCCGAUGUAUCUCCGUUUGAGCCCGACGCCUACAUGGACAGGGUCAAGUUCUCCCGCUACAACGCGGUCUUCAUGACGUUCACGGAGACCCUUCCCCCCGGCGCCGUGGGGGUGUUCCUCCAGGCCCGCUCGCUGCAGCAGCACACGGUCUACUGGACCUUCCUGGUCUCCGAGAAAAACAAAGACAAGAACCUGGAAGAGAAGAGGAGAGCCAGCAUGGAGAUGCUGACGUCCAAAGGGGUGAGCCAGCCUAAAGUCUACCUGGUGAGACCCUCCGCCUUGGAGACCCUGGACUUCCCUGCCCUGCUGGAGGACAUGACCAAAGACCUUCCUGAAAUCAGGUCAUGUGCUCUUCUCCUGGCCCUCCCCACACUGAGCGCCUCCCUGGUCUCCCAAAAAAAGGAGGCUUUCAAAGCCCUGGUGUGGGCGGCCGCCUCCUUGUCUGGCGGCAUGGCAACCGUUCCGGUUCCCUUGGUGGCCUCCAUGGUGGACUCCAGCGUGGCCGUCCGAAUCCUGGCCAAAGCUCAGGUAUCUUUAUGUCUGGACGACGCGUCGGUGGAGCGGCUGGCACGGCGGCGAGGCGUGGACCCGUCGGGACUCAAAGCCCUACGUUCAUGCGCGCUCUCCGUGGAGGUCACCAAGGGGGGGGUGAAGAGCCGGCUGGCGGCGGCCGAGAAGAACGUCUCCAUGGUCUCCUCAAAACUGCUGCAAAUGGCCGUGCCCAGACAAGCGUGCUCGGCCGGACGCUCCUUCUCCGCCAUGCUGAACGCCUUGAACGCCGCCAUUGACGACAUGGCGGCCGAUGCCGAGAAGAUCUUGGCCUCGGCUUUGGGAUAGAGGACCCCCCCCCCCCCCCCACCCCCAGUUGCUGGUUUUCUUCCUUGAAAAAGCUCAUCUUGAGUUUUCUUAUUUCAUAGUAAAUAGUACUACCAAUGAUAAAGUAUUGUAUAGUACUACCAAUGGUAGAGUAUUGUAUAGUACUAGCAAUGACAAAGUAUUGUAUAGUACUACCAAUGGUAGAGUAUUGUAUAGUACUAGCAAUGAUAAAGUAUAGUAUAGUACUACCAAUGAUAGAGUAUUGUAUAGUACUAGCAAUGGUAGAGUAUUGUAUAGUACUACCAAUGGUAGAGUAUUGUAUUGUACUAGCAAUGACAAAGUAUUGUAUAGUACUACCAAUGGUAGAGUAUAGUAUAGUACUAGCAAUGAUAGAGUAUGGUAUAGUACUAGCAAUGAUAAAGUAUAGUAUAGUACUACCAAUGGUAGAGUAUUGUAUAGUACUACCAAUGAUAAAGUAAUGUAUUGUACUAGCAAUGAUAAAGUAUUGUAUUGUACUAGCAAUGAUAAAGUAUUGUAUAGUACUAGCAAUGGUAGAGUAUUGUAUAGUACUACCAAUGGUAGAGUAUUGUAUAGUACUACCAAUGGUAGAGUAUUGUAUAGUACUAGCAAUGGUAGAGUAUCGUAUAGUACUAGCAAUGAUAGAGUAUUGUAUAGUACUACCAAUGAUAGAGUAUUGUAUAGUACUAGCAAUGGUAGAGUAUUGUAUAGUACUAGCAAUGAUAGAGUAUUGUAUAGUACUAGCAAUGAUAGAGUAUUGUAUAGUACUAGCAAUGAUAGAGUAUUGUGAGAGGAUAUGAAAUGUAUCAGCAAUGUAAAUAUUUUUAUUGGCUCACAAGCAAAGAAGAAGAAGAAGAAGAAGACAAUAAAUAAUCCAGAGAAGAUCAUCCAGAGGAGACUAGGAGAGAUGAUUCCAUUUCUAAGCUCUUCCACUCUUCUCCUCGCGUGCAGCAAAUCAAACUUCACAUCAUCUUGGAUGGGGAUGGAUGGAGAUGGAUGAGGAUGGAUGGAGAUGGAUGGGGAUGGAUGGAGAUGGAUGGAGAUGGAUGGGGAUGGAUGGAGAUGGAUGGAGAUGUAGAU